UCAUGGGUAAAUGCCAACCAAUCUCAGGGCGUGUGUGAGCCCAUUUAAACUCUCACUCAAGACAACACUUGACCGUAGGCGGCUUCGGCAUAGGCUACACACAUAGGGUCCUGCAUAGAGUGUAGAGGUGUAGCAAUAACAUGACAAUGUAUUGUGCGAGGAAACACGAGCUGGUAUCGUUGUUGACAUGAGGGCAUGCCUGACUUGUCCCUAGAUGAGAUCUGUGCGACAAGGACCAACCGCGCACGGAACACUUCGUCAUUGAUUAAUGUUAAUUGUUAAUUCUCUGAAUGCGAAUACAAUCAUUUCCCCCAUCAUUAUUAAUGACAAGAUGUCAAACAAAACAUUUGGAUGACUCGAACUGCGCCUCGAUAGGAUUUCAAAUAACAGGGAUUUGGGCAGGUAUGCGCAAUUUUGAUGUUCUCAUUGGAAUGCGCUCAUUUUGGGUAUAAACAAAAACAUGUGAUGCUGAAGCGCAUCUGCACUACCGGCGAGAAUAAUUCGACUAUUUGACUGUGUGCACUUUUGUUGUCAUUGGAUUCGUGAUAACUCAUCCAGCGGGAUUCUGAGCCUGUGAAACCACUUACAGUUCGUCUUCGAUUUGAGAUGCUGGCGAUUACCUGCGCUUUAAUUUUAGCGCUCAUGCAAAGCGGGACAGCCUCGAGGUGUGUAGACCAUGCCUGCAGUCCUCCCAUGGGCAACCUGGCCAGUGGCAGGACCCUCACAUCCCUCUCAGGCUGCUGUGGGAAUGGGUCCCAACACUCCCCAUGCCCAACUCCCCUCCACCCCUGUCCAGUUGACCUUCACCCACCUGCCCACAUGGUGGAUGAUCCCUUCCAGCACCCAGCCACCUGGUGGGCCUCGGGCGUGGGCACUGACCAGGAGGAGGAGGUCCGUCUGGACCUGGAGACUCGUUUCUGUCUGACCCACGUGGUGCUGCUGUUCCACUCACCCAGGCCCGCUGCCAUGGCCAUGGAGCGCUCGCAGGACUUUGGUCGGACGUGGGAGACACUCAAGCUGUUUGCGCAGAACUGCAGUCUUGCGUUUGGUCUUCCUGAUGACACCGGUCAGCCUGGCUCGCUUUGUACGUCCCGGUACUCCAGUGCCAAGCCGUGCAGCAGGGGAGAGGUAAUAUUCCGGAUUCUGGGCCCUGGUGGAUUAGUUGACCCCUACAGUCCAGAGAGCCUUUCCCAGCUGACCCUCACCAACCUCCGCCUCAGACUUCUCAAGGCCCAGACCUGCCCAUUAUCUGCCGCACCUUCCACCUAUUCUUCCUCCAUUGGACUCUCCUACCCUCCUACGGACCUGAAUCUUCCCCUCCUCCCUUCCCCCCAGCCCAGCUCAGAGCCCCCUGCCUCAGCUCCCUUUUCCAUUUACACUUUCCUGGCUCGAGGUACCUGUCUCUGUCAUGGCCAUUCAGAACACUGUUUACACAGUGGCGGACAGGACAAACUGAAGGACAUGGUGCCUGGCAGGUGUGUGUGCACUCACCACACAGCAGGAGAACACUGUGAGAGGUGUGCCCCUCUAUACAAUGACCGUCCCUGGAGGGCAGCCAACGGCAGCAGUGGGGAGCCACACCCGUGCCACAAGUGUGAGUGUUACGGCCACGCGACAAGCUGUCACUUCUCCCAGAGGGCGUGGCUGUCCUCAGGGGCCACCAGUGGGGGUGUCUGUGACGAAUGCCGACACAACACAGCAGGGCGCAGGUGCCAGCGCUGUCGCCACGGUUACCACCGCCACCCAGCCAUGCCCCUUGGCUCCUCCCACAUCUGCACACGUUGUUGGUGUGACCCACUGGGCUCAUUACCAGCCAGCUCUGGGGAGGAGUGCCCAUGGUGCCACCCCAGGAGUGGACAGUGCCACUGCAGACCUGGUGUGGGGGGAACAAGCUGUAGCCACUGUCUCCCUGGGUACUGGGGCUUUGGGGAAGAGGGGUGCAAACCCUGUGCUUGUCCCCAAAACUGUGACCCCGACACUGGGCUUUGCCUUGACAGCUAUGCAAAUAACCAGGUUUUCAAUGUCCCCAUGGGGGGCAAGAUUCCUGACAUGGACCAUGCCUUGACCAGUGAGGGUGAGGCAGUGUGGUCAAAGGAACUGGCAGUCUCUGCCAUGCACUACACAGGGAAAUGCAGCUGCAAGGAGAGAAAGUUGAGGAGUGUCUCGGAUCUCUGUAAGACCAAACAUGCCUAUGUGAUCAAAGCCAGUGUGUUGUCUGCUCAUGACAAGGGGAGCCACGCAGAGGUACAGGUCAAAGUUCGCAAGGUCCUGCGGUCAGGACAGGUGCCCCUCUCCCAUGGCACACACAGUCUCUACCCCAUAUCCUGGACUAUCCGGGGGUGCACCUGCCCCAUCCUUAAUCCAGGGGUGGAGUACAUGCUGGCGGGUCCAGAGGAGGCAGGGACGGGACGGCUGCUGGUCACCAUGCAGAGUGUGGUGGUUCCCUGGACCUCCCAACUGGGGGCCCACAUAUCAGAGGGCCUAAGGCAGGGCUGCCCCUGAACACCCUCUCCAAACCCAUAACAGAGCACCCUGAAUGGAAAUCACUGGUUCACUAGAUCAUUCAGGAAAGGGACAAACUCAGUGGAUAAGGCUUGACCAAGUGUCUUGACCAAUAAUUGCUAUGGAAAAUCAUGCCCAUAUAAGACUACAACCCUGCCAUAUGAUGCAAAGAGGAUGGACUGGAUACUGGAAUCUUUAGAGCCUUUCUUAUGAAGAUGAUUUAACUUGAGGUCGUCCUACAUAGACAAACACCCCCAUGGAAUCUACUAGACACAACAAACCCUAGUAUACCAGCUUUUCAGACUGUGUAUAGCCAAAGCCAUGCCUUUUUUAUGCCUACCAGGUUCUCAGUACAAUACAGUGCUGCUUUUGACUGCUUUUAGUAUACUGUAUUUUUUUCAGUGUCCAGUUCCAAUCAUUUAUUUUUCAUGUGUAGUGUGCUAAUGAAAAGUGCAACAAACACACAUGCACUUAUUUACAUUUUGAGGCACAUAAAGGCAUCCAUAGGAGAGUGCACUGCUUCCAGUCUGCAGCCUUCUUGGUGAGGGCUCCCCAGGUCAAGCCACUCCAUCUUAUUUUCUAUUGUUCUUCUCCAUGUCUCUUUUGGGCGUCCUGUCUUUCUCUUCAGCGUAGUGCAAUCGCAGGGUGCGCGUUCUGGUGGCAGUCUACACACGUCCCAGCCACCGCCAUCUUUUCUGCAACAAAUAGGGCCUACAGAGUACAUAAAAAGAUCAACCUGAGAAAUGUAAGUGUUAGGAACAUGCAGCUAAUAUCUUAAUCUGAAAAGAUACAAGGUUCAAUGUAUGUGGUGCAGUUUCACCGAAGAAUGAACAAGAUCCCAGAGGACGAAUCACUUUCAAAGCAUCAUGGUCCAGUCGUAUGUAUGAAGCUCUAGUUUAAUUUGUGUUUGAACAGUAUUUGAACAUAUGGGUAGAAAUGUUUGAAAGAGGUAAUAAGACAUUGUUCAGUGAUAACUUUAAUCAGGACAGGUAAAAGAAAGUACCAGUGCAUUAAAGGCUUGGAAUUACAUGUUUCAAAAGCAGGUGAAGGAAGCACCUUUUAUGUACUCAGUCUUUCUUCAUAAGAACAUGAGUUGUUGAUAAUAGCGGCCAGCACCAAACAUAUUUGACCUUCCAGGACCUGUGGCACCUAAUCAGAAGAGCCAUAUCUCAAAGGCUCAAAUCCUGAGAUUUAAACACACUGUAUCUCACAUUUUCACAUGGAUCCUGUAUUGAUGUCAUUGCAUUACAAACACGCUAUGGCUGUCUGACUAAAAAAGAAUCUGGGUUUAAAAGGUGUCUUUUUUUGACACCUUGUUUCAAGUUCCUUGCAGACAGGCCGCCACAAGUG